AUGGACAAACACUUCUUGUUGGUCUUCUCCCUCUUCUGCUUCAUUGCAGCAGUGACACCACUGAGAUGUGUAAUGUGCCACCUUCACACGCAGACAGAUCGCUGUAGAAGAGGUUUUGGUAUGUGUGUUGCUCAGGAGCACGAGAGAUGCAUGAUCUUAAAGAUCUUCCAGGAUAACGUUCUCCAGUUAUCAUAUAUGGUGUGUCAAAAAUUCUGCAGAGACUUGACAUAUCAUCUCAACAGUCGGAUUUAUGUUCAUAAAUGCUGCGACGAAAAUUAUUGUAACUUCCAACUCUAA